UCUAUAUCUGGGUUCCAUCCAGAAUAAUUGGAUGUACAGAUAUAAAUCUCGUCUCUACUUGACUUCACUUCUACGACCUCCACAUUUGCAAUCAAUCCUGUUGCCUCUAGCAGCUUAGUACACGACACAUCUUAUUUAUAUCAACGCGACCUCCCCUCAAUCCACCACCCCUACCCGAAAAUGCACUUCAUCUCUGUCCUCACAUCCGCUGUCAUCUUGCUCAUAGGAAGUGCAGCCAUAGCCUCGCCCACCGGUCUAGAGGCACGCUACGAUAUCGACCCAUCAGAACUCUUACCCGAUCCCAAGAGUCAGGAAUGUUGGGAUCUGUGGACUAGCUACUGGAACUGCGUCAACAUCGAUAGUUGGUCUGGCGUUAUUUGCGUGAGUGCUUAUCUUCUUCUCCCGCUAGUUCCAUCUCGUAUCCUUGAAUGCUAUGAUACACAUCGAAAUGAGUUUCACAGGUUCCUGUCGCCAUCUACUCACUAGUGAUAUUCCGGAUGUUCGCUGACAGUCUCGCAGGAACCGCCAAAAGUUGAGUGCGAAUAGUAGGACAUCGAAGAACUAGUGUCAGUGAGCUGAAAGUGCCUGGAUUGUCGGGUCAAUA